UCUGUUUUCAUUCGAAACGGUUCCAAGAGCGAUAACGGACGCGUUUGUUUUCCAAACUUUUCAUGUGUCUCCGCGCCACGGAGGGAGACUCGUGAGAGAAAACAGCCUCACGUUUACUCGUGAUCCACUCCACCUCCGGCCUCAAUCAGCCCCCCACCUGCCCGGACAGGACCCCCGCCUUCCAGUGACCGGCGGCCAGAGCUUGAGCAGGACCCUCACGGAGCCGGGCGCACUGUAAUGGAGAUAGCGCGCACAUCGCUGAGGAGACCAGAGUGAGGGAGGAUGGGCAAUGGUCAGUCCGAACUGCAGCAGGAACAGCCGCCACCAGCAGAGGGAGACAGAGAGAGCGAGCGCGAGAGAGGCUGGGCCGGAGAGAGGGAGAGAGGGAGAGAGCGAGGCCGAGCCGCAGGGGGAGAGAGAGAGACAGACGAAGCGACAGGAGGGGAGACACAGCCGGGAGAAGAGCCGGGGUGGGCUCUCCGCAGACCCCAGAGGAGGCUCCCGGGGACACGCCAACUGAGCCCCUUCCCCCUCUCACCAAACACCCCUAUCAAAGGCACCCCGAAACCUUCCCCAGGCAUGGGCGCCUCCCUGUGUCCUCCCCAGCCCCCCAUCUACUCCAGACACAGCCCCCAGCGCCAGCACAAGCUCCCAGCCCUCUUCCCUACAGCGCCCCCGCCCUCAGGGGAGGGCGUGAACACACGUAGCCAUGUGCCCCAGAUCGCCCGUGGCCCCCCGGGUUCCCCCAAGCCUCAGCCCUCCCUGCUGCCCCUCAAAUUUACCUUGAGGCAGCAGAAAUCUAGAGCCCUGCCUGUCCCCCUUCUCCACCCCUCUCCCAGCAAAGACGUGUCGCUCACACCCCUGACACUAGGGGGAGACAAGUCUCCACAGCCAAAGCAGGAGAUUAAGGAUAGGGGGGUUUGUCCGAGAGGGGCAUGGGACAUCAAAGCACCCCAAAUUUCCACUCCCCCCCCUUCUGCACGCUCUGCUCCCCCAGCCCAGCAACUGGAGGGUGCUACUGGCUCAGAGCCAGACGCCUGGGUUCAGUGCCAGCAUUCACAGCAAGGUGGUAUGGGGGCUCAGCCAGAAAGCAAUACCUGCUGCAGCAGUAUGAGCAGCACUAGCAGCAGUAGCAGUAUCAGCAGCUUUAGUAGCUGGAGUAUUAGCAGUGGCAGUGGGAGCAGUGUCAGCAACAACCCCAAGAGCACAAAUGACAGCAGCAGUACCUGUAGCAAAAGCUCCAUACCCAUACUGAAAGUGCCUCCCAACUUCGUCAUGUCCGAGAAAACCCGCGCCCAGCUGGAUGCCAGGCUGCGGUAUCUCCAGCAGCAACAGCUGGUUCCGCCUCCCCCAGUGUCUGAGGUGCAGGCAGCUGUACGUCGGGCAAUGAAGGCCGCGUCGUACUCCGAGGCUGUCAGAGCUCCUGCCGCCAGAACUGCCCACCGAGCCCCCGGGGCCAUGAGGAAGGAAACCUUUGCCCCCGCAAGCACCCCAGAAGCCAACCCACCCACCAAGCCCGUGACAGCCCCCGCACAGAGCGUCAAAAUCACCCCCGUAACCAAACUGACAACUAACCCCCGGGGCAAUAAGGCCGUGAAACCUCCUGCACAAUCGUCCACUUCUCACUUGCCCUGCAGUGUGGGCACACCGGCCGCUGGCCCCAGAGUGCCCACUUCCAGCACCCCCAUCUCGCGAGAGGAGGGCGGCACCCCCCGGCAGCCCAGGCCGCCACCCCAGCCCUGCCCCACGCGGAUCGGAGCCGUCAGGCAGGUGGCGAGAGGGAGAAAGGCGCACACCACAGCUCGCAUCAGCAGCGGCGGCGGCCGGGCGGGGACCGCUCAGGCGAAGAAGCAAGGCAGCGUCUCGCCAGCAGGGGGCAGGAAAUCCCAGCCCGGGAGCAGCACCAGCGUGACGGCGCAAAUACCGGGACCAACAGCCCCAGGGACCCCAGGCGCUCAGGAUGGUGCCAGUGCGGUCAAGCUGGAAGGGUUCUCUAACGAGGAGGAACACGAGGCCAGCAGCCCCCCAGCUGCGACAGUGCAGCGCUGCAAUUUCACCCCGCUGCCCGAGUCUGGAGACCUUGCGUCACAGCGCCAGCCUCAAGUAAGACACCUGCCCCCGACCCCUUACCCCCACCGCUGCCCUUCCUGGGGGCCGGAGAAGCCCCAGGGCCCAGUGCGGUCCUCCCACAGCCUUCACGCUCUGGAGCCCUGGCCCACACACCCCGGCCCCCGGUCCUCCCGCCUACCGGGCCCCACCCCCGCCCAGGCAACGGCUCCCCCAGCCCAGGCCGAGCUGAAACUCCAGCCCCAGGCCCCCUGCUCCUGCCCCAGGCCCACGGGAGAGGAGGAGGAGGAGGAGGAGGAAAGAGAGGAGAGCGAGAGGAGAUCCAGCCCCUCGGCCCCGGACCCCCCGCGCCGCCCGCAGGGCCGCUGGCCGUCCUUCCACGCUGACCCCUCCUGCUCACGCCAGGCUCGCUGCCAUCACCACGCCAACGCUCCGCUGCCCCACAACGUCGCCCAGUGGUUGGCAAUACAGCAGAACUUCCUGUGUGAGCCAGCGUGGGUCACUACGGUAACACUAGCAGCUUCACUGGUGGCCAGAGCGACACUGCGGAGCGAGGGAGGGGACACUGGACAGUAACCAUGACAACGCGCCCGGCAACCACCCGCUUCCUCAAACAGUCUUUACUGUACUUUAAGAUAAACAAUGGCAACACUAUUGAACUGUAUAAUACUGUAAAGAAACAGCAUAUCAGAAAUCAGUUGGUUUCCUUCAUCGUCACACAGAAACUAGAAAAAACGUUUUGAACAUUAUACAAAAAAACUCAACACCAGAUCAUUUUUAAAUUAAAAUAUCCAAAAUGUUACUGUAUAUGCUGUUGCU